CCAGUGGAACCACUGAGCUAAAUCCCCAGCCAGCCUUGCCUUUCUGACUACAAAAUAAAAACCAAGAAAAUUUCCGUGUUUCACAACCAUUUUAUUGUUCACUUCAGGAUUUUUCACCUGACCUUUAAUCUGAAGUAAUUAAUCUGCAUGAUAAUGACCCACUGAAAGGAAAAAUAGUAACUUUGGGGCUAUAUGCAGAAUAGCAUCAUCCACAUGGGCAUUCCCAUUGCCUCCUACAGUUUCAGAAAAACCUGUGAUAACUAAUUAAGAAAAUGCAGAAGAUCUUGCAGACGGAUGAAAUCAUCAGUACUGAAGCUCUUAGAAAAGGAAAGAGGAAAAGGACAGAGACAAUGGACUCAGAAAAUGCAAAUAAUGACAUGGAUAAAGGACAGAGAGUCCCAUAUUCGGGAAACGCCUUUCUGCCUGGAGAGAGCUCCAGUGAGGACGAGAUACCCUUGGCAGAGCUGUCCAAGGAGGAGUUGUGUGCCAAGAUAAAAAGCCUAAAAGAAAAACUAACAAACACUCGGAAGGAAAACAGCCGGCUGCGACAGUCUUUGGUCAUGUUACAAGUCUUGCCACAGGCCGUCGCCCAGUUUGAAGAACUGGUUGGGCUGGCGGAGACCCUGCUGAAGGGCGGAGGAGCCGUGCCUGUGCCCGCGCCCGUGCCCGCGCCCGCCCUCUGGAGAGCAACAUAUAACUCCUCGCCAGACUCGUUUGCCUCAACGUGCAGUAAUUCUGCUUCUGCCUCCGGUUCACCAUUGUCCCUGAAGGUUGAAGACGAGCAUCCUCCAGAUGAGAAGCAGUUCAAGAUUGAAAAGUGGCAGAUUGCCCGUUGUAAUAAGAACAAACCUCAGAAGUUUAUUAAUGAUUUAAUGCAAGUACUUUACACAAAUGAGUACAUGGCCACACACAGCCUGACUGGGGCAAAAUCCUCUACAUCAAGGGACAAAGCCGUAAAACCAGCUAUGAAUCAGAAUGAAGUUCAAGAGAUCAUAGGAGUAACAAAACAGCUAUUUCCCAAUACAGAUGAUGUUUCAAUUAGGAGAAUGAUAGGGCAAAAACUAAACAACUGUACCAAGAAGCCAAAUGUAAGCAAAAACCUUAACUCUCAGGAUAUUAAGUAGAUCCUUUUGGCAUUGAAGGUAUCCAAAAAAAAGGACUUCCAUUCUAAAUCCAACACUGGACUGCAGUGGGGCACCUGUGCCCUCCCUGGCAGUGAGCAUGGAGACAUGUGCAGGGACAGCUGGGGACAUGCGUCACAUCCCUGGGCUCUCCUGAUGGAGCACACACGUGCUGAAGAAAUUGCAUGUAGAUUCCAUCCUAAAUACUAGUAUGCAUCAACCCAAGGAAUUUCUACUGUCAAAUAAGCAUGCAGGAUGGUUUAUUUGGAAAUAGGCAGUUUUCUUUUCCCAGAUACUUAUACAGUUAACAGGAUAGGCAGAGCUCUCAACAUAACAGUAACAUCUUCCACUCUGUAGAUCACUGUCUGAGCUAAACACUAUGUAUUUAUUAUUACCAGUGACUCCCCAUCAUAGCUUUUGGAUCUUUAGCAUAAGCACAUUUAGAAAAGUAAACAGGUAAAUAAUCAUUGCUCACAUUGUUCACAAAUAUGAGAGCAGCAUGUUAUGCCUAAACUCAUAAUCAUUUCUAACCAAGAAAUGUUUCACCAGGGCUGGAGAUUUAGCUCAGUGGUUUUGCCGCCUGCUGCGCAAGCGCAAGGACCCGAGUUCAAUCCCCAGUACCAAAAAAAAAAAAAAAAGAAAUGUUUCACCAAUAAAAUUACAGAACAACUCUAUUAUCUAAAAAUGAAUAAUAU